AUGAGCAUGGAACAAGGCCCCAUAUCUCUAACAGCCCGGGAGGCUGCAUCUGGUCUCUUGGGCUCAGUUUCUAUGACCUGCUGGUUUUUCCUUUUGGUACCUCAACUCAUUGAAAACUACCGCAACGGCAACUCAGAAGCCAUAUCUCUCCUCUUUAUCUUUGUCUGGUUCAUUGGCGAUGUCGCAAACCUCGCCGGCGGCCUACUAUCCGGGCUUGUGCCCGUGAUCGUUGCGAUCGCAGUAUACUUCUGCAUCGCAGACGGAGUGCUGAUCGCACAGUGUGUGUACUAUAAAGUGCGCAACUCGCGUCCCGAGCCUUUCCAUCGCCGACGCUCGUCCACAGAGACCCCAGACCCAACCACCCCAUUGCUGGGGCGGCGAUUCAGCGACUCCCUCGCGUCUUCCGAGUCGCGGCGCCGCUCGUCGGGCUCACUGCGCCGUUACCACGCUAGUGGUCGGCGCGAGAGCGAGGUCGAGGAUACACUGGCCAAGAUCGUCGAGGAGAAUGAUUAUGGCCGUAAGGCGUGGGUCAAAAACUUUGCUAGUGUUGUUGGAAUUUUCUUCAUUGGCAUGGCUGGUUGGACCAUGGCUUGGCAGACGGGCAUGUGGGAGCCAGCGCCGUUGGAGAAUAACAAUGAUUCUGACAAGGCUAUUGGGGGGCUGGUGCUGGGGUAUUUCAGUGCUGUGUGCUACCUAGGAGCGAGAUUGCCUCAGAUCUACAAAAACUACUGCCAGAAGUCGUGUGAAGGAUUGUCGCUCUUGUUCUUUAUUCUCUCUCUUCUAGGAAACUUGACUUACGGUGCAGGGAUUCUCUGUCAUUCUACAGAGAAGGAAUAUUUCCUGACCAAUCUCCCAUGGUUGAUUGGAUCACUGGGAACUAUGGUUGAGGAUGCGGCCAUCUUCUUCCAAUUCCGGAUCUACGCUGUUCAGGAACCUCGUCUCUCUGCGAUCUCUUAA